AUGCUAUGUUUCGCUCUUCCAAAAGACGUAAACAAAGAACAGGUUGUGGACCAACUGCAUAUUGCGCUGCACCACACUGUACAGCGAGUGCCCUUUCUCGCAGGAUCUGUGGUACCAAACUCAGAACAAGAAGGCGAUCGUCCUUGGCUGCGGAAUAUAUCACCAAAUGGACACGCUUAUCUCGACGUGAAGGACCUCUGUGAUCAGAUCUCCUAUGCCGACCUCGCCAAGGCAAACUUUUCUCAGGAUCUGUUUGAUGCUGACCAGCUCUGUUCUUUGCCACAAGUUAUCUACAUCCAGCAAGAGCCUGUUGAGGUCUGCCGUUUUCGUGUCAACUUCAUUCAAGGCGGCGUCAUCCUCGUAAUACAAAUUCUGCACACCGUGAUUGACGGCACCGGAGUGACUGAGUGUGUGAAGAUCUUCGCCGAGAACCUUCGCAAAGCCCAUGCAGGCGAAUUCGGACAUCCUUUGCAAACAACCAACGAGAAAUGGGUCUCAGAUCGGACUGCCUUGGUCUCAGGCGAGGGCAGAAUGGGAGACAUAGAGAACCAUCCCGCGUUCACGACGUCUGCAUUCGCUCACGGCAAUAUCACAGGGGUCGAACAGGCCUGUAGAACCUAUCGCAUCAGUCGCGAUGCUCUGGUAGAGCUAAAGAAGGCUGCAUCUCCUUCGUUCCCCCGUGAUGCCGAGGAUUGGAUCUCCACGGGUGAUGCCAUUGCUGCGCUGAUCUGGCGAAGUAUUUUGGUUGCUCGGCAUCGUGCAGGAGCCCUCCCCGCUGACGCUGUCGCCAAAUUUGGCCAACCAGUCGACUGCCGUAAGCUACUUGAGCUACCUAAGCCGUACUUCGGGAAUGCGUUCUACAUCAUGCGGAGCGAUAUGCCAUUUGAUGCGCUCAGGGAUCCACAGACUGGCCUCCGUGCCGCUGCCCGCAUUCUACGUGCGGACGUGAAAUCCGUGACGGCGGACAGGAUCCGAGAUCUGGUUGCCUUUAUGGAGAGAAUCAGACUGGAGAGCCACACCCGUCUGAGCUUCCAAGAAGAUUUGGCCUCGUCUGCUAUCGUAUACACCAGCCAUUUCAAGUUCAAUAUCCAUGAAAUGGACUUUGGUCCGGCUUUUGGGGACGGCCGUGUGAAGGCCUUUCGCCACCCGGCACGAGGCACGAUAAUAGGAUCAGUGAUCGUGAUGCCAAUGUGUUUGGAUGGUUCAUGUGAAUUCAUGAUUACAGAGUCAGCCGAUACUCUGAGAUAUCUCGAAACGGAUGACUUAUGGACUCGUUAUACAGGUAAACAAAACAGUUUGGGGGUUGUCGGUCGUACGGCCUUGUCUCUCCCAGAGCACACGGCGCUUUCGGAUGGUACCAACGCACAUUCUCAAUCUCAGCCCAUGCCCAACGGCACCAAUGGAUCUAUCGUGAAAAAUAGCUGCCCUUUGACACCCAUGGUAGCAACAGAACCAGAGCCAAUCCAGCCUUGUCCCACGAUCCUGUAUAGCAGUGUCGAAGCACCACAUGGUGGACAGAUUGCCAUCAUUGAAUUGAACCGCCCCAGGGCAAGUAACGCCAUUUCACGGCAGCUGCUCCAGGAGUUGGACCGGGAGCUCGAUUGCGUCUACGUCAAGGCAAGCCAGAGCCAAGUGAGAGCCGUCAUCAUCGCCAGCACAAACGACAAUGUCUUCUGCGCUGGAGCGGAUCUCAAGGAGCGGAGCAACAUGAGUGGCGAUGAGACUAUGGACUUCUUAACGGAGCUCCGCCAUGUCUUCUCCAAGCUGGCAUCGCUGCCCAUCCCAUCGAUUGCUUGCGUAUCCGGUUUAGCGCUCGGCGGCGGCUUGGAACUGGCCCUCUGCUGCCAUCUCCGGGUGUUUUCCGGCCAUGCCGUGGUUAGCUUGCCAGAGACUAAACUUGCCAUUAUCCCUGGCGCCGGCGGGACGCAUCGACUACCGCGAGUUGUCGGCCAGUCACACGCGCUUGACAUGAUCCUUACUGGUCGCCGUGUCAAGGCCGUGGAAGCCGCUCAAAUGGGCUUAUGCAACCGGCUUGUGUUUUCUGGUGAAAUGGACUGUGCGGAUUUGGGCGCGGUCAGAAGGCUGACUCUCGCCAAUGCGUUGUCGUUGGCUCAUGAUAUCUGUGCUGGAGGCCCCAUCGCUGUCCGUGCUGCCUUGAGCGCUCUGGCUAUGGCCAAUGAAGAAGCUGAAAAUGCUGCUUAUACCUCGGUCCUGGGAACCAGCGACCGCGCCGAAGCUCUACAUGCAUUUCAAGCCAAGCGUUCGCCACAGUACUUGGGGAUAUAG